AUGUGCAACACACAGAUCGACUACUUACAAUGGGUCAACUCAAUUCCUCUUUUUUCAAAUUUUACAGGGGUGUUUGGGUAUCCCCUGCAAUCCAUCACAACUAAGAAAAAGUGUGGGUGGCGGUUCCCCCUUCCCAUUUAUAGAUCCAUCCAAUUUUUAAAGCAAAAAGACAGAUUUGUGACUGAAGGGAUCUUUCGCGUGUCACCCGUCUUCGAGUGGUUAAAACGCGUGAAAGAGCAACUUGACUCAGGACAAGACAUUUUAGAUAACGAGUUUGGACCAGAGGAAGACUCUGUUCAUGUUGCGGCGGGUAUUAUUAAAGCCUUUAUACGUGAAAUAUCUGAUGGGUUGGUACCGUCGUGUUUCUAUCAAAAUUGCGUUGAAGCUGGUGGUGAAGAAAACAUUGAGAAACGAAUAAAAAAAGUGAGUAAAAUUGUCGAUGCCCUUCCUGAGACGAACAAAAACAUGUUAUGGUAUUUAUGUGACUUUUUAGUCGAAAUAUUAAAACAUAAAGACAUCACACAGAUGGACACAGUCAACUUGGCUGUGUGCUUUGCACCAAGUGUUAUUUACUCAAACGAAGUCGACCCAAAGUUUGAAAUGGACAACUCGAAGAAAACUCGAACGGUCUUCGAGACCUUCUUAAAUCACUACGACCAACUCUUUAAGGAUAUCAAAGCACAAAAUAUCAAACUCGGGAUGUACCCGCCACUGUAUCCAGCAGUCUGCCCGACUGGCGCUGUCUCUGAUAAGGUUAUGGCAGAAGAGGUUGCAAAAGCUUCUAAAGAACGAAUGACUAUAUCUAUGGCUAAAAGGAAAAUUGAACCAAAAAGAGAUGAGUUCCGACCACGAUCUGUUUUAAUAGGAAAAGUCCCCCCACUUUCCGGGAAAAUAGAUUUGAAUUUUGGGAAAGAAGAAGUCAAAGAAAGUAACGAAAAUGGACUCCAAAAUUACACACAGAGUACAAAUGAGUGGACUUUUAUGCAACCACUCCACUAUAAUAAAUCUUCGGGAUUUUUAGAGAAAAGUAGUGAUAAGAAUUAUGAGAAAAAGAACGAUAAAGUUAUAGAAAAGAAGACGGAAACGAAAGUAGAAAAGAGUUCUAAUAGUAUAAAUGUGAUGGAAAACGAAGACAAAACUAAAUUAAGACAAUUGGAAGAGAACUUUAAGACGUUGUUGUGUUUUGUUGAACAACAAAACGCGGUGAUGAAAAAGAUGGGAGAGCGAAUCACUCAAUUACAAAAAAAGUGUUCGAUUGAAGAGGAAGAACUAAUUGUUCCUAAUAUCCCGUUUUGUUUCGAAAAUAUCUCCCCAAGAAGUAUAACAGGAAAUUCAACACCUAAAGAGAAGUGUAAUGGAUUUUUAGGAAUAAGAAAAGGUCGGCCAUUGACGGUGAACGAUUUCAAUAAAGUAAAAGAGGAAAAUAAAAGUCCUCGAGAAGUCAAAGACAUGAGUAAAGAAUUUACAAAAGAACCACCUAAAGAAUUGUUGAAAGAAUAUUUAAAAGAAACUAAAGAGACGGAAGAAAGUCCUGAACUCAAAGAACAAAAAAGUCCCGAAACACCACAAGCAGUCCACGAAAGUUCCUUUGAAGGAAAUUUAACAACUCCUAUCCCUAUAGAACACCAAAGAGACUCUUCACCACUUAACCGUUCACCCAAUGAAGCUUCUUCACCACUCAAACCAAUACUCUUCACACAAAAGAAUAAAAAGAGACCAACUUCUACAGUGGAACCAAGUGCUUUGGAACAAACAAAAAAGAGAGAAUCACCGACUACAUCUAUUUUUAAAAGUGGAACAAACAACUCCCCAACUACUAACUCCCCUCGACAAAAUAUGUUUAGAGGAAGAGGUGGUUUUUACCCAAGACAACAACAAAUGGCACAACAACACAUCGAGUAG